AUGGAGUGGCGAUUAAAACUGAUUUUACUUGUGAAUGUUGCAUUGUGUUCAGCGAUUCGGUACGAAUGUGAGAAAAGUAAUGUUUCAUGUGGAUGUGCUUUCAAAAAUGUUGAGGUUGGUGAUGAUCUCGAAGAAGCAAUACCGUACAGUUGGUCGAUGAUGGUAUCAAUUCGAUAUGAUUGUCGACAGAAUGGAAAUUCAUCGACACAUUGCUGUGCAGGAACAAUUCUUAACGAAAGAUAUAUUUUAACAGCUGCACGUUGUUUUGAUCCAGCAGAAAAUUCUUCGUUGAGUGCUGAAAAUAUAACAAUUGCUGCUAACAUUCAUCGUUUAUCGCAAAAUUGUCCAACAAUUCGAACUGUUGAGCGAACUUUUCUGCAUCCAAAUUGGUCGGCAACGAACGAAGCGUUACAUAAUAUCGCGAUACUUCGUCUAGCUGAACCGCUUGAUUUCCAAACUGAUUUUACUCUCAGCUCAGCUUGUCUUCCAUCUCAAAUGAAUACUUCUGUAGAGAUGAUAUCGAAUACAAGUUUAGUUGUCGUUGGAUGGAGUGUACUCAGCAAUACAGAAGAGAAUUUACAACAGUUAACUGUUUACCCGAUUGAUUUUAAUGAUUCGAUGUGUUCACGAGCAAGCAAUGAUCCGAAGUUAUCGUUUUGUGCAGGACGAUAUGGAGCUGCAUGUUUCCCGGAAGUCGGCGGCCCUGCAUUUCAAUGGAGUGGAACGCAUUGGGAAUUAGUUGGAAUUGAGUCGUACGCUUUCGAUGGUUGUCCACGUGUCGGUUAUAAAGGUCUUUUUGUACGAGUUGCUGCGUAUUUGGAUUGGAUUGAAUCAAUUCUAAAUAUUCAUACUGCAAUGACAUCAACUACACCUGAACCGCCUAUCUAUAAUUAUGAAUGCGAUCGCAAUAUGCCGUGUGGAUGUGGUUAUACGGACGUUGUUUUUCGACCAACUCGUAUUAUGGGCGGUGAAGAUGCAAUUGAACACAGUUGGUCCAUGAUUGUUUCGCUUCGUUUCUAUGGAAGUCAAGAACAUUUCUGUGCUGGAACACUCCUUUCAAGUUCGCAUAUUCUAACGGCAGCGCACUGUGUCGCUCAAUUUUUAUCUUCUCGACCAGUGAAUAUUAGCAUUAUUGCUGGUAUAACAAAUCGAUCAGAUCCUGAAGCCUAUCAGAGAAAUAUCGAUCGUAUUCAUAUACAUGAAAAUUAUACCGAUCGACCACAUUAUCUGAAUGAUAUAGCUAUAUUACGGAUGGAUCGUCCAUUGUAUUUCCUACACAACCCGAUUCUGGCAAAAACGUGCGUAAAUCCUAGGAAUAUAUCGAUGAUGGACAUGCAUCAGUAUCCUAAACCGGGAACGCGUCUUGUAGUUAUCGGAUGGGGUGCGAUGAAACCGGGAAGUUUCCUUCAGUCUGAAUACUUACAACAGAUACGUAUAUCGACUAUCGACAAUCAAGAUCCCAUUUGUCAGAAAAUAGUCAGUAGUAAGGAACAUCAAUUUUGUGCUGGGUUGUAUAACGGCGGAAAAGAUGCUUGUCUGGGUGAUUCUGGUGGACCAAUCUUGCAGUGGACUGGGCAGUAUUGGGAACAGGUGGGCAUCAUUGGUCACAAUUUUCAAUGUGGACGACCUGAGUAUCCAGGUGUCUAUACUCGUCUAGGGCAAUAUUUACAAUGGAUUGCGAAAAUUCUCAAUGAAACCAAUGAAUAUUUGGAACCACAAUGGCCUCUUCGAACGACGACGACAACGACGACUACUCGUCGUCCCAACACGACCACUACUAGACGAACGCGACCACCUACAGCUACAUCGAAUAGAUUUUCUUCAUUUUCAGCAAUGAUUACUGACAUACUAAGACGGACGGAUUCGUUUACAGCCCACGUACCAUUGGUAACUAUGCCUUCGGAUAUUCCUAGAGCACCAACUGGUUACUUCCAUACGUCGAGAAUUUUAAAUACGAUUGCUCCAUUGUCACUAUCACUAACCGUUACUUCACAGAUACUACCAGCCAAACUCUCCACUUCUGCUAUGUCGAUCACAAUUCACCCGUUUACUAGCAUGACAUCAGCAGUAACGAGAGUAACGUUGGACACAUCAAAAAUGAUAACCGCAACGACCACCAGAACUUCUUAUGCACCACAUUUCACAGCAGCAAUAACUACAAAUAGAUUACAACCGACGUAUUCUGCGAGAACCGAUACAAUGAUCACUACUAAUUUAUUUCCAUCUCAUCUCACAGCAGUAACGUCUAUUUUUCGUAACAAAAUAACCUAUGAAUGUGAUCGAAUUCAAAAUGAAUGUGGAUGCUCCUUAGCAAAUGUUGUCUUAUCCUAUGAUAAUCAACGAACAUCACCAAUUGAUACUACAAACGAAGAUGCCUAUCCUUAUAGUUGGUCAAUGGUAGUCUCUAUACGUAUAAAUAAUACAAAGCAUAUAUGUAUGGGUACUAUCCUAUCCGAUUCCUUUAUUCUGACGACUGCUCAAUGUGUUAACAAUUAUCGACAAAAUCCGAAUAAUAUCACUAUUGCAGGUGGUGUGCAUAGUCUUUCACAGUAUAGUGCAUCGCAUCGAACAGUUGUCGAAAUUCAUAUUCAUGAGAAUUAUACGACUGACAGAUCACAUUUGCACGACAUUGCUAUUCUUCGUCUUGGACAUCCAUUGGAUUUGAUAACACAACCAAUCUUUGCAAAAACAUGCCUGUCGAAUUCUUUGUCUCCUAAUCUAACGGGAGACACGACAUUAGUGACGAUCGGAUGGCAAAAUUCAGCUUUUGAAAGAAUUGUACUCGAUACACUUCAACAAGUAUCGACGAAAUCAAUGAAUGAUUCAGAUUCAUCAUGUUUCAAUUCAACUUAUGACAAUAGGUAUCAAUUGUGUGCAGGUGCACCAUCUGACAAAACAGGUACAUGCAACGGCAAUUUCGGUGAACCGAUUUUUGUUUAUAGAAAUAAAUAUUGGGAGCAGGUUGGAAUGCUUUCUAAAACUCAAAGUUGUACUGUAAUUGGCCAUUCCGGUGUCUAUACUCGACUUUCCGCAUAUACAAAGUGGAUACAACAUCUAUUGAAAACUACACCAAUACCUUCACGUCGACCAGCGACUACUAGUGACAGUUCAAAGAUACAACGGAACUUUCUUUCACUGAGCAGUCUUCUCCUCAUUACUAAACUUUUUACUCGCAACUAA